CGUUUGGCGGCGGUUCUUCGAGAUAACGUUUUGUGAUAAUGUUAUUGUUCUGCUACGGUGACAACAUCACGACUACUGCACGCGAUAACGGUCGAACGAUCAACGAAACGACAACAUCCAACACAUACGAAAACGGUAUGUCGUUUCCACGUCGUCUCGUCGAUCGUUAUGGACAGAAAUAAAAUGAUUCGUUCGCUAUUGUUACAAAACCAUGUUUUACAGAACUCACGUCGGAAGUGACACCUGCCGAACACUCCCGUCGCGUCACCACAAGUUUGCUGUCCUACGUAAAAUAAGAAAAGUGCUGUGGAUCACACAUAAGAAUACAACUAUCAAUAAUUAGUUUAAAAGUAGAAAAAAUGCCUGAAAACUAUGGAUGUGAACAUUGCGAGAAAACAUUUUCAAAUCGCCGACACUAUGAGCUACAUGUCAAUGGACAUCAGCGAAACAGUUGUCAUGUCUGUGGUUUACCUUGCAACAGCCGUAAGACAUUGGUUACUCAUAUGUCAACUGCACAUGGAUCGAAAUUAGAACCAAUCAUGUUAGAAUGCAAGUACUGUAUGAAAACAUUUGUUCAAAAACGUUCAUUGCACUUACAUUACAAGACCAUACACAAAGACACUGGUACUAUAUGUCUUGAUUGUGGACAACCAUUUGAUAAUAGGCUAGAGCUUGCACACCAUGUAAAAACAGUCAAGCACAGUGAUGGCUUUAUAUGUCAUAAGUGUGGUGAAGUAUUCACUCGAAAUCAACAAUACAAAUUGCAUUUACAAAAACAUGACACUUAUAGUUGUUUCAAUUGCAAUGCCCAGUACGCAAAUUCUAAAAAAUUAAAUAAACAUUUAAAACUGUGUGUUUCUUCAACACCUCCAAUUGACAUUUAUUUAAAAAGUAAAGAGGCAACUACUACAGGUAUUGUUUAUAAAUGCAUUGAGUGCAAAAAAACAUUUGAGAAGAAAAAAUACUUCAAACGACACAUGAAAACAGUUGUUCAUUCAGCCAACAAAGUCAGCAAUCCAUUAUAUUGUGCUCAUUGUCCAAAGAUAUUUUAUUAUAAAUUUAAUUUGUCAUCGCAUAUGAAACAAAUACAUUUUAAACAAUACAAUAAUUAUAUUUGUAAUUUGUGUGGAAAGAGUUUUCAGUAUAGAAACAAUUAUAAAAGACACAAAGAUUCUCAUAUGCAAGUUAGAGAUUAUGUUUGUGAACACUGUGGUGCUUGUUUUUAUCGUAAAUAUGCUUUACAAGAUCAUCAAAUUGCCAUUCAUAGUGAAGAAAAGAAUUUUGUCUGCAACGAGUGUGGUAAUAAUUUUAAAUUAAAAUCUAUAUUAACAAGGCAUAUGAAAAACCAUUUGGAAACCAAAAAAUAUGUUUGUCACUGUAAACGGGUAUUUAAAUUUGCAUCAAAUUUACGACGUCAUCAAGUCAAUAUCCAUAAUCAAGUAUACAGUGAGUCUAUUAAAAUCAAACGUUUUGUAGAAGACGAUAGUCGUUCAUCACCUUUAGCUGUCAUAAACGAAGAAAAGAAAAGAUUGAAACAAAAAAAUAUUAGUCAACUUGGUCUGGAAGAUACGGUUUCAUAUUCUAUGAUGGCGUAUUCUGAUAAUUUAGAUUUGAGUAGUGCUGACGUAGCAGAAAGUGUACUUCAAGUAGCUUCAGCAUCAAGUUACAAGAUAGAAUGCGAAGAAAAUUCAUGUUUUCCUGGGAUUCAUCCUCCAAUUGAAACAUCUCUUGUCUGCAGCUUAAAUGAUGGUGUUGAUCUGUCUCCUAAUUCUUCACAGCAAUAUUUAUCCGAUUAUGUUGUUCCCCACCAGUUUCCAUUUCUUAACAUUUAAAGUAAUUUUUAAUGCUGCAUCUUAGAAAAUAAUUGAUUGU